UGAUGUUAGCGGGAGGCAGGCUGUUAUAAAAAGGGAGAACUGCAAGCGCAACUUACCCAGACUCAGUCCGCCACAUACUACUGACCAGAGAACACUUCUAAACAUCUUCAAAGAUGGCAAAAAUUUUCAAGAAGACCAGUGGAAAUGGAGGACUCACCCUCUACUUGGGGAAGAGAGACUACGUGGACCACGUGUCUUCAGUGGAUAGAGUUGAUGGCGUCGUGAAGGUGGACACAGCUGAUUUUGGAGACAGAAAAGCUUUCAUCCAGCUGGCGUGUGCGUUCCGUUACGGCACUGAAGACCUGGACGUGAUGGGCCUGUGCUUCAGGAAAGACAUCUGGAUCCAGCAGGACCAGAUCUACCCCGAGAGCUGCAAGCCCGAGCUGAGCGCCAUGCAUGAAACGCUGCUGAAGAAGGCGGGAGACAACGCCUACCCUUUCUCCUUUGACAUUCCCAACAACCUGCCGUGCUCCGUCUCCCUGCAGCCCGGACCUGAUGACAAGGGGAAGGCUUGUGGUGUUGACUUUGAGGUAAAAACAUACCUUGCCAAGGAGAAGAACAGCGCUGAUGAAAAGGUUGAAAAGAAGGACACUGCUCGCCUUGUUAUCCGUAAAAUCCAGUAUGCCCCCUCUCAGGUGGGCGACGGGCCCAAGGGCGAUAUCUGCAAAAGCUUCAUGAUGUCAGACAAGCCUGUUCACCUCGAAGCAUCCAUGGAGAAAGAUCUCUACUUUCAUGGUGAAGAUAUCCCAAUUAAAAUCAAAAUCAAUAAUGAGAGCAACAAAACAGUCAAGAAAAUCAAAAUUACUGUGGAACAAACCACAGACAUCGUACUAUAUUCAGCAGACAAAUACAGCAAGCCUGUUCUUAGCCAAGAGUUUGGAGAGACGGUGGACUCCAAUAGCACCUUCGAUAAAGCUCUGACCAUUAAGCCCCAGCUGUCUGAAAACAAGGAGAAGAGAGGUUUGGCGCUGGAUGGACGGCUGAAGGACGAGGACACUAACUUGGCCUCCACCACCAUGCUGCGACAGGGCGUAGAAAAAGAGGUGUUGGGUAUCCUGGUUUCCUACAAGAUUAAAAUCAACCUCAUGGUGGCUGGAGGAGGCCUGCUGGGUGGUCUCACUGCAAGUGAUGUCACAUUGGAGCUGCCACUAAACCUUAUGCACCCCAAGCCUGAAGAGUAAGGACUCCAUAUCACUAGAGGAUGUCACCCUGAAAGUUGAGAACACACAACAGAAAGAGAGGACAACCAUGGGAAACAACACAAAAUGAAAGAAGAAGAAUGUGGCUGGUGUCCUGAAACCAAAUAACAGUAAACAAGCUACAGAAAACCUUAAGUAACACUGCAAAGAUAUAAGUUAGAACACCAGUCCCCUGGUAGAUUUUUGUUGUAUCUGUUUUUGUAGUUGAAUUGAUGGCAUUUAGCUGUAGACAAUAUGUUUGCUUAACAAAGUUGCAUUUAAAAGAGGAUUCUUGUAGAAACACAUAUAAGUAGGUAUGUAUUAAAAAUUAUUUGCCUAUCAUGAAAAAUAUUAGAUGGAGAAAAUAACAAAACAAGUCUGAAGCCCAUAAAAGCCGGUAUGCUGUAAAAGACUGCAAUGCAUUUGUCUAUUAAAUGAAAUGUGUGUGUAAUGUGAGUAAUGUGACUCAUCAAAUAUCAAGACAAUAAAGUCAUUUUUAAAACUGA